UAGUUAAACUCUAAUUUUCUCUUAAAAACAGUUAAGUCAUGUUUCUAGGAUGGUGAUGUAUUUGAUUUGCUAACAUUUUAUUGAGACUUCUUUUACAUCAAUGUUCGUAAGUAAAUUCAACCUUUAAUUUUUUCCUUUGUAUUAUGUUAUUAUUUUAAGAAAUUUAAAUUGCAUGAGUUAUCAGUUCUUUGUUUUUUUCACUAUAGAGACAAAAGCCAACCAAUGGCUGAUGGAAACUCUACGAGGAUCACAGAGUUCAUUUUCAUAGGCUUAAAGUACCACCCUCGGCUGCAGGUCUUCCUUUUCUUGCUCUUUUUGUUUUUUUACCUUGUUACUAUGACAGGAAACUUGGGCAUGAUUCUCCUUAUUCAGGUAGAUUUCCGUCUUCACACACCCAUGUACUUUUUCCUCAGCCACCUGUCCUUUGUGGACAUCUGUUUUUCCUCAGUCGUCGGCCCCAAGAUGCUCACUGACUUCUUCGAGGAAAGGAAAGUCAUCUCUUUCCUGGGAUGUGCCUUGCAGCAGUGGUUCUUUGGUUUUUUUGUGGCCAUUGAGUGCCUUCUCUUGGCAUCCAUGGCUUAUGACAGCUAUGUGGCCAUCUGCAAACCAUUAUUGUAUUCCAUUGCCAUGUCCCAGAGACUCUGCAUACAGUUGGUGGCUGGAUCCUACACCAUUGGAUUCCUAAACACCAUGACUCACACAAUAGCUACUUUUCAAUUACCCUUUUGUCACUCCAACAUUAUCAAUCAUUUCUUCUGUGACAUGUCUCCUCUUCUUUCUCUCGUUUGUGCUGAUAUAUGGAUCAACAAGUUGUUAGUCUUCAUUGUGGCUGGAGCUGUGCUAGUCGUCAGUAGCCUGACCAUUAUAAUCUCCUAUUUUUACAUCCUUCUUGCCAUCCUGAGGAUCCGCUCUACUGAUGGGAGGCACAAAGCCUUUUCCACCUGCUCUUCCCACCUAACAGCUGUUUCUGUCUUGUACGGCACUCUCUUCUUUAUCUAUGUGCGGCCAGGGGCAAUUUUUUCUCUGGACCUCAAUAAAAUGGUGUCGGUGUUCUACACAACGGUGAUUCCCAUGCUGAAUCCCCUCAUCUACAGCUUAAGAAAUAAAGAAGUGAAAGAUGCCAUUCACAGGAUGAUCACAAGGUGGAAGCUUUGCAUCACAACUUAA